GACUACGAAGCUCAAGUGUAAACGACUGCAGAGCGAGACCUUCAAACUCCGCGUGUUGCACAAAACUCUCGUGACGUAAGGUGAAAAUCUGCAAGCCGGCAAUUUUUAAGGACAUUGCCGAAGGCGUCGUGUCAAUCAUUAACGUUCGCCGGAGGCCCGACGCGUGCAUAAAUACGGCGGCGCGGGAGACGACGACAGGAAAAGUGCAAAGAGUUAACGUGUGGAUUUACACGAGAAGAUGAUGCUGAUGACCCUGGCGGUUUUGGUGGCGACGGCGAGCUCGUCGCCGGUGGCGGGACCCGAGCCCAUCCGCUGCGCCCCCUGCACCCAGGAGGCGCUGAGCGAGUGUCCCGCCGUCCCGGCCGGCUGCGGCCAGGUUCUGAGGGAGCCGAGCUGCGGCUGCUGCAUGGCCUGCGCCCUGGAGAGGGGGAGCGCCUGCGGGGUCCACACGGCCCACUGCGCCCGCGGCCUGCGAUGCCUGCCCAGGCCCGGCGAGGCCAGGCCUCUCCACGCCCUCACCCGGGGCCAGGGGGUCUGCACCGAAGACAAAGAGGAUGCCGGAGGCGACCCGGACCACGGCUCGCUGCAGUACAUGCUGGGCUUGCCCGGCCAAGACGCCGCCGACGCCCGCGACAGCAUCAAGGCCAAAGUCAACGCCAUCCGGAACCGGCUGGUGCAGCAGGGUCCUUGCCACAUUGCGCUUGACGCCGCCCUAGACGCCAUCGCCAGCUCCCAGCAGAGUCUCGGCGAGAAGUUCACCACUUUCUACCUCCCCAACUGCGACAGGCACGGCUUCUACAAGGCCAAGCAGUGCGAGUCGUCCCUGACGGGCCCUCCCGCCCGCUGCUGGUGCGUGUCGGCCUGGAACGGCAAGAUCAUCCCGGGGGCCGGCGACAUCCCCGGCGACUCCGAGUGCCACCAGGAGGUCACGCACUGAAGCGAGGAAACCGAUCCGCGAGCACCCGCAAGAGGACUCCCCCCCCCCCCCCCCUUUUCCCUUCACGGAGCCAAAUUGUAAAUUAUUUUAUUUAUUCACGACACGUCUUUUUUUUUUUGUGUUUGUCUCAAUGCCCCCCCCCCCUCCUCCCUCUUCAAUUGUAAAUAGGGCAACACUGUAUACAUUUGUAUUUCUGACUAAAUAACUCCAUUCCUCAAGAACCGCAGCUCUGCAAGCCCCAUUUCAGGGACCU